GACUACUUUUUGGAUGUCGAGUCUGCUCACAGACUGUUUUACAGUCAAGGAGCUCAAGCUCGCCGGGCCACGCUGCUCACCGUGCCCACAUUAAUGGCGGCAUCUUCCGAGGAGGACAUCGACCGCAGACCCAUCCGCCGCGUCCGCUCCAAGAGCGACACCCCCUACCUCGCCGAGGCCCGCAUCUCCUUCAACCUCGAGACAGCUGAGGAAGUGGAAAGACUGGCUGCAAUGCGUUCAGACUCUCUAGUACCUGGGACUCACACACCUCCGAUCAGAAGAAGAAGCAAAUUCGCCACUCUCGGAAGGCUUUUUAAACCAUGGAAAUGGAGGAAGAAGAAGAGUGAAAAAUUUAAGCAUACUUCAGCAGCUUUGGAGAGAAAAAUAUCAAUGAGGCAAAGCAGAGAGGAGCUUAUAAAACGAGGAGUGCUGAAAGAAAUUUUUGAUAAAGAUGGGGAACUUUCCAUACCAAAUGACGAAGGAGCUUUGGAGAAUGGGCAGCCUCUGGGCUCCGGGCAAGUGCUGAGCUCCAGCCAGGUAUCCCUGCCAGCCCUAGCAGAACUGGAGACGGGUCCAGCAUCUGGGGAACCCUGCUCAUACGAGGUGCUCCCAACCACAGAGAUCAUGGAUGGGACAGAUCCUGGCGCUCCUGUGAAACUGCCUUGUAUGCCAGUUAAACUGUCACCUCCACUACCUCCAAAGAAAGUCAUGAUUUGCAUGCCUUUAGGGGGGCCAGACCUCUCUCUCUCAUCCUAUUCCACACAGAAGAGCUCCCAGCAGCCUUUGACCCAGCACCAUCACACUGUCCUGCCAUCCCAGUUAGCAGCUCACCAGCACCAGCUCCAGUACGGCAGCCACAGCCAGCACCUGCCUUCUGGGUCCAGCACGUUGCCCAUUCACCCUUCAGGGUGCCGGAUGAUAGAGGAACUGAACAAAACGCUAGCCAUGACCAUGCAAAGGCUAGAAAGCCUGGAAGCCAGAAUAUACUGCAGUACUGCCUAUCACUACUCUGGUUUACACACAGGUGACAGUGUUACAAAAACAGGACCUGGGGGCCUUCCAGACAUGAGACAAGUGCCAACUGUUGUGAUCGAAUGCGAUGACAAUAAAGAAAAUGUGCCUCAUGAAACCGACUAUGAAGAUUCUUCCUGCCUCUACACAAGACAGGAAGAGGAGGAAGAGGAAGAUGAAGAUGAGGAUAACUCAUUAUUUACAAGCUCCCUGGCAAUGAAAGUCUGCAGGAAGGACUCUCUAGCAAUCAAACUAAGCAACAGGCCUUCCAAGCGAGAGCUGGAGGAAAAGAAUAUCCUCCCCAUGCAGACUGAUGAAGAGAGGCUCGAACUUAGGCAGCAGAUUGGGACAAAGUUAACAAGACGACUGAGCCAGAGGCCGACUGCUGAAGAAUUGGAGCAGAGGAACAUAUUGAAACCCCGCAAUGAGCAAGAGGAGCAGGAAGAAAAACGAGAGAUAAAGAGAAGAUUAACACGGAAGCUGAGUCAAAGGCCCACGGUAGAAGAGCUACGUGAGAGGAAGAUCCUCAUCCGCUUCAGUGACUACGUGGAAGUGGCAGACGCACAGGACUACGACAGGAGGGCAGAUAAACCCUGGACACGACUCACAGCCGCCGACAAAGCAGCCAUUCGAAAAGAGCUUAAUGAAUUUAAAAGCACUGAAAUGGAAGUUCAUGAAUUAAGUAGGCAUCUAACAAGGUAA